GAAGGCAAAGGAGAUAGAAAAAUUUGGAAGCACUGUCCCUCAGGAUAUUCUGCAAAAAUGGCAUACUUGUUUCUUGAUGUGUCUCCUUCCUGCCUUGAUGAGAACAUUUGCAAAUUGAUAUGGAAUCAAUUAAUGCCAGCUAAAGUUAGUGUCUUCACCUGGCGCCUCUUCUUAAAUCGCCUCCCUACCAAGGAUAACCUCAUACAGCGUGGUGUUGAUUUAGUAUCAAACCCAUCAUGUGUCCUAUGUGGUAGUUAUAUGGAAGAUGCAAACCAUGUUUUUGCAAAGUGCAAAUUUUCUCAAAGCCUUUGGAACCGUAUAUGCUGCUGGUGGGGACUUCAAUUCAUCCAUACAGACCACAUCUCCCAUCUACUUCUACAGCUUUGCUUGCUUCCAAUCCCAAAGAAGGCAAGCCACCAUUGGGCUCUUACCAUCUUUACAACAGCUUGGGCUAUUUGGUACUCCAGAAAUGGUAUUGUUUUCAACAAACUUUCUUGGGAUGAGAAUUAUAUUACAGAUUUAGUGCAAGUUAAGACUUUUACUUGGAUUAAAGGAAGUAACCUGGCGGUGUGUGGAGCACUGUCAUCAUCCUUGUCAGUCCUUCCAACGUCUCCGGAAGAGACAUUUCCAAUGCUGCCUGAUUCUCAUCAAGAAGUUUCCAUGAAAAGAGAACAAAUGACCAGUUCUCUAGCCCAUGCAGCUCGUGCAACGUCCACUAAUGGAAAUCUUGAAAUUCAGGAUUCCCUCCAUCCACAACAUCAGUUUAUUACUCCAAAGAAACUAGUGCCUCCUGGUGUGCGGAGUCACUGCAAGGAUACUAAAACUACAGAAAUUUCCCAGAUUUCUUUCCCCUUUUCUGCCGGCUGGCUCCACUCUCACGUGCUUUUCACUGUGUGCAUCAUCCCAAAAACAGACCCCUUUUAUGUGUCUAAUGGUUGCAAAAUCACUGCUUUAAGUGGGCUUAACAAAUGUGGGUUUAGUCCAAUAAAUAUUGGGCUGUUUCUCUAUAUAGGAGGGAUAGACCUAACCCAACAACCCAACAACCCAACAACCCAACAAGACCAGCUAAUCACUGAUGGUGAGGUUUUGAGCAGCAAUUGCAGUAAGCUUCUUGUUGACACUGAUGUUGCAGAUCUGGAACCAAAGGUAGGCAUCCACUGGUAGAAUUGAAGAUUGGGAUGACUUUGCUAUGUAAUUGAAUACCAAAGUUAGAAUAAAAGGCAAAAGUCUGA